AUGAAUACACUCCUCUUGAUUCUCUGUUUCAUUCCUAUCGUUUGGUCCGACGACGGCCAAUUCAUGAUUCCCGCCGAUAAAUCUCAGAGGGAAAGCUGGUUCGAAACCACAGUAGGCAAUGCCUCAAGCUUUCAGAAGGUGAUCAAUGUCCGGGUGGACGGUAGUGGCGAUUUCAAGACGGUAACCGAUGCCUUAAACAGCAUCCCCUCGGGGAACAAGGAACGCGUGGUGGUGUCGAUUGGCCCCGGGAAUUAUACUGAAAAGAUAACUAUCGGUAAGGAUAAGCCAUUCAUUACGUUGCUGGGAGACCCCGACAACAUGCCGGUUUUGGUUUUCAACGGCACUGCGAAAACGUACGGCACCAUCGAUUCCGCAACCUUGAUCGCCGAUGCCGCCAAUUUUUAUGGCGUCAAUUUGAAAGUAGUGAAUUCUGCACCAAGGCCAGACGGAAUGAGGGAGGGAGCUCAGGCGGUGGCCGUGAGAGUAGGCGGAGACGCUUCAGCAUUCUAUAACUGCAAAUUCUAUGGAUAUCAAGACACUGUAUGCGAUUAUAGAGGGAGACAUUUCUUCAAAGAUUGCUAUAUUGAGGGGACUAUCGAUUUCAUAUUUGGACGCGGCAAAUCUAUUUAUCUAAACUCGGAGAUACAUGUUAUUCCUGGAGAUCGAAUUGCAUACAUAACAGCACAACAGAGGUCGAGCGAUGAAGAGGCAACGGGUUAUGUGUUCGUCCAUUGCUCUGUGACUGGGUCAGGCCAAAUUGCAUUCUUAGGUAGAGCGUGGUAUCCCUAUGCAAGGGUGGUCUUCGCUAACUCCUUUCUCAGCGACGUGGUCAACCCUCAAGGAUGGUCCAACAAUAAGGAUCCCAACAAUAACAGAACUGUGUUUUUUGGAGAAUUUAAAAAUGAAGGACCUGGAUCAAACUUUGAGGGGCGUGUAACAUUUGCUAAGCAGCUUAAAGAAGAAGAAGCUAAGCCAUUUAUCAGCCUUGAUUUUAUAAAUGCUUCUUCAUGGCUAAUGCCUCCUCCCAAACUCUAA